AAAGGGUUUAAAGGGGCCGAGAAUGUCUUUCUCCCUCCUUCCCACCCCUGGUAAUGGCGGCCCCUCCCAGCACCCUACUGCAGCCGCCCGUGUUUUACCCGGUUCUGCCCUACAUCACCACCGUGUUCGGAGGCCUGAGCCGGGGUAGGAUGGUCUGCAUCGAGGGCACGGUGCCCAGAAGCUGCAGGAGGUUCCGCGUGGAUUUCCAGUGUGGCAGCAGUGUGCGGCCUCGCGCCGACGUGCCCUUCCACUUCACCGCCAUCUUCGGGGCUUCGUCCAGCGCCCUGUGCGCGGCCCUGUGGGAUGGCCGGUGGGGCCCGCGGCUGCAGGGCGGGCCCCUCGCCCUCCAGGACGGCCGCCUCUUCCACUUCGUCUUCCACUUCAAGGAGGAGAGCGUUCUGGUGGUCGCCAACGGUAGCCGGCUGCUGGAGUUCAGGUACAGGAAACCGCGGCGGAUCGUGGACACCCUGAAGGUCACGGGUCACGUCUCGGUCAGGGUCAUCGGAUUCAUUAACGAGGAUCCGUACCACCCUCUGCAUACCAGAUAUCCGUUGCAAGCGCCAUUUUCACUGAAGGAUCCAACUCUGAAGGGCGGGGUGGGGAGAAUGUGGGAGGGUGAAUCCCUUGCCCUCCGGGGACUCUGCACUGACUGUCGCCCCCACCCUCUGUGGCCAGGAUGUCCCACUGCGGAGCCGGAUCGAGAGUGGACUGCUGCCGGGACAUGUGAUCACCCUCCGGGCUCAGCUUCACCCGGACGCCCAGGAGUUCGAGCUCGCGCUGGUGGAGGACGACCCCGGCGACAUCGCCCUCAGGGUGAGGGUCGACCUCCGGCGGGGGGUGAUGGAGCUGGGCUCCCGGUCAGGGCCCGUCUGGAGUUUCGAGGAGCAGGAGCGGCCCCCUCCCUCCCUCCACCCAGGGCGCUACUUUGAGAUGCUGGUCCUGUGCGGCAGCGGCCGGUUCCGCUUGGCGGUGAACGGCGCCCGAGUGGCGGAGCACAUUCCGCCGGCGCUGCGACUGGCCCGUGUGCGUUGGCUGCUGGUCGCCGGGAACCUGGGGCUGUACUGGCUG